GCUGAACAAUACUUAUACAUUUCGCCUCACACCACACCAUUCCUUACUAAAUCGGUGCAGCUCUGGGGCCGCCUGCCGUUAUACGCAAUCAGUAAUCUAAUCUCGAGCUGGGGUUCUAUAAAGCGCCAUACCGCCCGCACCCGCUUGACCAUGGAGAAAGCUCCCCUCCUCCCCCAGACAGACGACGAUGCGAUGUCUCGUCGUCCAACACCGAAGCGCUUCAGUCGCUUCCACGCCGCCGCUUUCGCCAUCAUCUUCGGGCUCUUCUGGUUAGCGAGAACGUGGGACUGCGAACACUAUGAUGAAGGCGCGGAAACCAGCGCGAAGGUGCCGCUCGAGGUACAUAUAAUGUCAAAGUGUCCGGACGCGCGCGACUGCCUUCAAUACCUUGUGAUACCUACGAUGGCAAACGUGUCCGACAAGAUCGAUUUUAGGCUGUCCUUCAUCGGAAAAACCACCGAAGAAGACGACGGCGUCCAAUGCAAGCACGGCCAGACAGAGUGCCUAGGAAACAUACUCGAGCUAUGUGCCGCUUCCGAAUAUCCCGACCCAAAAAUUUACCUCGGUUUUACCAUGUGUCUCGAGCGCGAUUACAAAAUGAUACCGAAGAAGGCGCUCAUCGAGGACUGCGCGCUGGAGCAUGGAAUCGAUUUUGAUAAGCUCAAUGAUUGCUUGAGCAAAGACGACGGCGCAUACGGCAUGGGCAUGUUGAGGGACAGCGUGACGCGGAGUGCGGAACUGAAUGUCAACACAAGUUGCACGAUUCGGUUGGAUAACAAGACGAGAUGCACAAUUAACGACGGAGAAUGGGUCGACUGCCCGGACGGACACAAACCGGACGAUCUCAUUCGCGACAUCAACCGGCUCUACGACGAGGCGAAAGGAUGGACAGAUUGAUUGCUUGAAAACCGCAAGUUCGCACGCCACGCACACCGGUAGCGCCACAGCUGCGAGGACAGUCCCUCAGAUCGGAUCUGAGUGUUAUCUUUCUGCUCCGAACCAGUGGGAAAGCCUAUGCGCCUCUGGUACCACACAGCGCAUUGGCCCACCUCGAAAGACAAAUUUGAUAACCGCCUUGUCCGGAAUCGACCUUCAUAGUGCAUACCGGCACUUCUCUUCCCGCGUACCGUAUUCAAAGCCCGCACAUAUCUGCUAUCUGCAGGGCUCUUUCACUCCCAGCUUCUGGGACGCCGCGUUUGGCAUUCGCCAAGGGCCUAUCAUAUUGCAUUUCCGGCGCAUCGGUUAGACUCUGGGCCCAUCAUACGGUCCGCAGGGCUUUCGGAAUGAUACCCAUCACGUUCUAGUCUUCGAGUCGUACAGCACGACGUUUACAUAGAAAUGUAGGAUGCAUGUCAAUCCAAAAGAAAAUUCAUUAAUGCCG